GGCGGACGCUCCAAAGGUGCGAGCUUUUAUUGUUAUUUCUUGUUGAUUCAAUUUCUUUGAGACCAACUCUCUUAUUUGUUAAAAAGAUUCAUGAAUAUCUUUCGCUUUUUGCUCCCCGCGAARAAUUAUGGGGUUUUAAUAAGAAAAUUCCAGUACUUGACACAAAGUAAAUUUARUCAAAACAGUCCGGGAAAAACUACAAAAUGCUUGAGAAAAAUUGCUGAACAUUUGUUGGGUUUGCAUCCCUGCUCAAGAAUUCACAGCAGAUCCUUAUGUACUUCUACUUCCAAGGAACAGUUUAAAGAUGAAAGUAAAGUGCAAAACAAUGUAGUACCUGAAAAAGAUGRAAGGUUUACAUCCAAAGUGUAUGAUAACUUUCCAAAUGAGUCAUGGUCAAAAGAGACAAUACGACUUUAUAAUGAACUGCAGAAGCAAGCUGAUGAAAGUAAUGGAUUAUGGGUGGUACCUGAAUUUACUGCAUAUACUGGYGAAUAYARUUCAUUCCAUACAAGUGUUGACACAAAUGGAAAAARACUGUUUGAAUUUUAUCGAAUAGUGAACAAGACUGACAAACUUUUUAAAGGAGUUUGUCAGUUUGGGCCGUGGACAAUGGGACCUAAAGGCUAUGUUCAUGGUGGAGCCAUUGCAGGAAUACUAGAURUAUUUACAGCAGGUCUCCCUAAUAGGAUUGGACUUCGAUCAGUGACAGCAAAACUUGCAGUGGAUUUCAAGCUGCCUGUUCCUGUUGGAUCYACUGUUUUAAUAGAAGGAAAGAUUGAAUCCAUAGAAGGAAGGAAAAUUUAUAUUAAUGGAGAAAUGAAAAGUUCAGAUGGACUUCAACUAUAUGCUACAGUAAAAACUUUGUGUGUAGCACCGAAUGCCAAUCAAUAAAACAAUGAAACACUGUACACCCAUCACAAGAUCACUUUAUUACUCCUCCCCCAGCAGGAAUGCCAGUUAGCAGGCUAAAGGUCAUUAUAUCAUUUUUUCAGAGGAUUAAAUAUCUGACUGUCUGGACUGUAUGUAAUGGUCUUUUCCUCUAAGGUUGAUGGUGAAUCAUGGCAUUGAUGAAACUAUCAAGAUAUUACAUCAUAUUAGAUGUCUCAAGCUAGAGCAUUAAAUAAGAUGCCUAUAGACUAUAAUCAAUACUUCUUGUUGGAAAUAAAGUGCAGAACAUCAGAAACACAAAGGAAAAACAACAACAUCAGUCAAUUUGUACUUCAAUCAAUCCCAUGGUGCAUCGACAACAAAUAAGGGGAAAGACCAUUUUUAUAUAUUUUUACAAAUAAAAAAUUA